UAUACUUAAUGUAUGAUCUUAACUAUCUAUGGUUGUUAUCGGUAUAAUAGUAACACAAAGUUCUUUCUCGUUGUUGUGAUAUAUUAUCAUUGAAAUAAUUGAAAAGAUGUAAAAUUGACAAGGUUGCUUUUAUAUAUAUGCAUAUAGAUAUAUAUAUAUGUAUCUGUGUAUGCACAAUUUUUUUAACAAACAUGUUCCCAGCUUAUGCUUAUUUAUCUGCUUACGACAGACAUAAAAAACUUAUAAAUGAUUACCUAUUAUUAAAAGGAGAAACUGUAGCAUCUUUAAAACGAGACACGUCCCGAGAUAAGAGAGAUUUUGAUGUUAUCAAAGAAAAUCAUAAAUUUCUGUGGGAUGAGGAUGACGAUCAACCAAAUACAUGGGAAGCUCGUUUGGCCAAAAAAUACUAUGAUAAAUUGUUUAAGGAAUAUUGCAUUUGUGACUUGAUCUAUUAUAAAUACAACAAGGUUGCACUAAGAUGGAGAACGGAGAAGGAAGUAAUUGUAGGCAAAGGACAAUUUGAAUGUGGCAAUAAAAAAUGCGCUAUAAAAGAGGAUCUUCGUUCUUGGGAAGUUAAUUUUGGUUAUGUCGAGCAUGGAGAAAAAAAGAAUGCUUUAGUAAAACUGCGUUUGUGCCCAGAAUGUUCAGUAAAGUUGAAUUAUCGAUCGCAAAAGCGUGAAGUAAAAAGAAGAAAAUCAUUGAAACGUCUAGGAUCCCAUUCUGGAUCCAAUAUUGAAAAACCAAGUACAUCUGAUGACACAUCUGAUAAUACAAGAGUUAAAGAAAAUGAAAAUCCGUCAACCCCUGAAAAUAUUGACAAUACUGUUGAUGAAGAAUCGAAAUCUAAUAUUUGGAAAGAAAAACCUGUAGAAUCAAUGGAGCGAUCAAGAGAAGAGGAAUUUGAAGAAUAUCUGGCCGACUUGUUCAUGUAAAAAAAAAA